CUCCGCUUGGACUCGCGCGCCAGGGCAGAGUCUGAAGCUCCUCACGCAGCGACUCCGGCGGAGAGCCGGAGAGGCUCCGGGGGCCCCGGCAAAGACGCGAAGUUCGGGCAGGAGCAGCCGCAUGAAAAAGACGAAGAAGGGCAGGCGAGACGCGGGCUUGUCUCUCACCCUAACGCGAUCGAGAUGAGCAAAUGCCCAAAAUUCUAAGCCAGCCGCUCGCGGGCUAGAAUUGUGACAAAGAAGCUAUGUAGCUGAGUGGCUGCAUGGCGCUUCGUACUCCUCCAACGCUGCCCAUCACCAUUCUACAUGCGGCCUCGAUUCACCCUCGAGCGCAGCCACGGCCAGCCACUCGAGCGCGUCAGGGGCAACGCCCUAACAGCGGAGAGCCCGCCGUCAGCGCGGGCGCACGCUUCGCAGUGCCCUGCACAAGCCGCGCAGAGGCCACAGGCCCGGGGAGCAGAAGAUGGCACCACUCGCCCCAGUGAGGGAGCGGAGGCGGGGAAGGAGGGAGGAUGAGGAGGCAAGGAAGACGAGCGGCGGGAGGAGGGCAGGGCAGAGCACGUGCACUCCUCUCGCUCCUCGGGACAUGUCGGAGCCGCCGCCAAGUGCCUGUAAUUGGACGUGCACGUGCCCGACUACCACAGGGGCGCACGCGGCCGAGGAAAGAACGAGCGAGGAGGAGGAGGAGGAGGAGGAGGAGGACCACCUUAUCAACAAAGCGGAGGAUCGGGAAGUCGAGGUGGCAGAUUCACAACGGAGCCCGCAAACGCCAGACCUGGAGCCGCGCGCGUGGAGCUGGCGCGUGCCAGGAGAGGCCUGCGCGAGCUCAGUGCGCCUCCUCUUCCAGCUGGACGGCGCCAACGGAUACCUCCUGACCUGUCAGCUCAGUAAAGCCAUAUGCAAUCAUAAAACACUCGGUGCAUAAAGCAGACUAUUCACUUCCCUAACAUGCUAAACAGCAUUCGAGGGCACUGCAGCACCACAAUCAAGAGACGGGAGAGAGAUAUCGAAUACGAGAGAGCCGGGAAGGGUUCGAAGGACUGAAAUGAAGAUCUGCUCAAGGGCGCAUUGGCAAUCAUGCGGGUCAUCAACCCCUGCUGAGCGCAGCGGUUCCGCGCGAUGCGAGAGGCUCAGCCUGCGUGCAAGGCCCCGUGGGCCGAGCGGAGCCGCUUCACUGGCCCUGUAAAUGGAUGAACACUCAUUCCGCCACCCGGACGCCAUCGUCUUGAUUCCUCCUCGUUCUUCCCGUGCUCGGCAGCACCUGGGGGCAAAGCAUGCAUAACCUGUACAAUCAGGUUGCGCUUGCACGUUGGAGAGUGCGAGGUACUACUGUACGUGCAUGUCGACACCAUGCUGCGUUCCUUCAUGCGCAUCUCCGCUCGCGUGCCGUUAAGAUAUCGCGGUUAACGUACCUAAAUCACGCACCAGUGUCUAUGGCAACACCACAAUUCAUGCACGCACCGCUGCGGAAACAUAUUCCCACACGUGUUCCAUGAAUGCCCAUGGCGCAUAUGAAGAUGGCGUUCGCAAGAUAAUAGGCACCAAUAGCAGAACUGAUCACGUGUGGCUUGUUCGUGCAAUGGCAAAGGCCCUGCGUUAAGCCCUGAUCGCCACACUAUUUAUACCCACCUCUUCACACGACCAUGCCCGCUGCUGUGGGAACCGCAUUGCAUACGAAAGACUUGCUCGUCCUCGGCAGUAGGCACCUGGCAGUGUGCAUUUCGUGUGCAGGCAAUGCCCAGCCUGAUGCUAUCAUGGGCGAUGGGAUGUUGCGUAAGGACAGUUGCAGCGAAGAGAACGACACGGACUGGUAGAACAAGUGGUACCCGGUGUAGACACAACGCGCUCCGGGAUGCUCGCAUUUCUGCGCCCAGGGUAUGCUUUCCCGUGGUGCGGUGCCUCGGCCUGUGCGCACAUGUAAACACCCAAGUAGUUUGACGCACUCGAGUUCUUGUACAGCGUUUAUCCUGACUUUGCGGGACGGCACGACCUCAUCUACAAUGCUUCCGAUUAACCCGUAUCGAGUAUUCACAAUAAUCCCUGACUGUGCCAGCACGUGCUGAAUUCAUUUGUGCCGCCUGCGCUUCGAUUUUCAUAAUGCAGCCUGUGCUUUUUAAUCUUGCGCAAGCGCAGACGCCUCCUCAGCGCACAUGCGUGCACAACGUCGGAGCGUAUCACCUGCGCUUCGUUUCCACCAAACUUGCAAACCCGAUGCCCAAAGGGAAGGGAUGGGAGGGCAGGUGAAGGGCAAGGGCAAGGGCAAGGGACUGAGAAGAGGAGGAGGAGGAGGAGAGGGCUGCAGAGGGGAAUGACAAGGAAAGG